AUGAGGAAGGCGCCCGCGGCGGCCGCCAAGCCCAAGCCGAGGGCGAGGGGGAAGGCCAAGCCCAAGCCCAAGCCCAGCCCUGACUCCCUCUCCGCCGCCUCCUCGCCUUCCAGCGCCAGCGCCGGGUCUCCCUCUCCCGUCGCGCUCGGCCGCGGCCUCCCCUCCGCCUCCAAGCCCAAGCCCAGGGCGAGCGCGAGGGUGAGGGCCAAGCCCAAGGGGAAGGCCAGCCCCGACUCCCUCUCCGGCGCCUCCUCGCCGUCCGACGCCAGCGCCGGGUCCCCCUCCCCCUCUCCCGUCGCAGUCGGCCGCGGCGGCUUCCUCUCGCCCGCCUCGCUGGCGACGCCCAAGGCCAGAUCCCCCCUCACCGCGGCGGCCACGUCCACGCCGGCCUCCGUGUCCUCCGUCGGCGACCUCAGGAGCCUCGCCGCCUCCAGCCUCGCCGCGCUCAAGCGCCGCCUCGACGCGCUCCACGCCGACAACGCCCGUGACCUCGAGGCCUCCCACUCGCGGAUCUCCAAGCGCAUCAAGAUGCAGACGCAGAGCUGCGUGCAGAUGUCGGAGGAGGUGGACAAGGAGCAUAAGAAGAUGCUCGACAAGUACUCCCAGCAGGCCGAGGAGAUGAAGGCAUCGUACAAGAAGUUGAUGACAGAUGUGCAGUCGUCUUCGGCUCGUGUGUGCAAGGUGACCUUACCUGAGAUGGGAAAGUCCGUGGCCAGAGCUAUCGAUGGCUUGCGCACUCGCUACAACAUCCCAGCUACAACAGCUUAG